AUGGCAGCUAUAGAUAAGAAUAAAGAGAGCCUACCGAUGAUGCGAGUCACCCAUUAUGAUCGUAGGGCAUCCGUUUUUAGUAUGGAAGAGUUGGAGCUAGUGGAUGGUUGGUCACAGACUUCAUAUCGGGUUCGUCUAACCGAGCGUACAUGCGACUGCGGCCUGUUACAGUCAUUGCAUUACCUAUGUCAUCACGCCCUAGCAGCAUGUGCAGCUGAGAGUAUUGAGUGGGGUCAUUUUGUGGACCCUGUGUACACAAUGGCCUCUGUAUUCAGGGUAUACGAGAGAGAGUUUUUGCCGAUACCAAAUGAAAAGAUGUGGCCUCCAUUGUAUGGUGCACGCCUGAAGCCCAACUUAGCCAUGAAGAGGAAGGCAUCGGGAAGGCCGGUAUCUACUCAGAUCCGAAAUGAGAUGGAUGCCAUUGACUGUGCGGAGAAGAGAUGUGGGCUCUGCCACGGAGAGGGCCACACUAGACGUGGGUGUCCCAAUGAAUCCCACUCGGAUCCAUGA